GGUUCUAUCAGGGUGCGCUGGAAGCGGUCGUCAUAAUGCUUUCGCCUCUAUAAAGUAGAAGACUAUUCUCCAUGAGUUACAUUAACCUUCCUGUAAAAAUACGCCUGAUGUGUGAGUGGGUUAUGUAUUUUUAAAAAUGUGAAAAGAAUGUGUAGGCUAUUGUAGAAUAGUAGUGACCGGUGGUAAUGACAAAGGGCCGAAUUGUGUACGAUAGUGUUACACAAAAAAUCUGUGAACGAUUUGAGAAAACGCAAUAUAAUCAGUGAGAGAUAUAAAAAUAGUGAUGAUGGUGAACGUGUUGUGCUUGUGGGUAGUUCUGAGUGUGUGCGCCACGUACGCUUUUAAUCUGGAACCACGAAUACCUGUCAUUAAAAGGGGAUCGAGGGGUUCCUAUUUCGGUUACUCGGUGGCCGAACAUCAGGAAAUUGUACCCUCACUACCAAAAUCUACGAGUUGGAUGCUGGUAGGCGCACCUCUAGAUCAGAAUUUACAACCAGGAACGAAUAAGUCAGGAGCUUUAUGGCAAUGUCCACUGACAACUUAUACAAGAGAUUGUACACAAGUCAUUACUGAUGGACAACUUAAGGACAAUAUUCUAGUAUACAGACCAAACGAAUACGAAUCAUAUGAUUCAAAUACAGAGUCAGAUGAGUUAGUAAAACCAGGUACGGACGAGAUAAAGGAUAAUCAAUGGCUAGGAGUUACUGUACGCAGUCAAGGAGUAGGAGGUAAAGUAAUGGUAUGCGCACAUAGGCAUAUUAUCAAAACACUUGAUUCUCAGUGGGGUCAAGGCCAAUGCUACAUAUUAAAUCAAGAUUUAAAAUAUAACGACUUGAAAAAACCAUGCUCUGGAAAGCCCACAAACAAGGCACACGAGCAGUUCGGUUACUGCCAAGCUGGUACUAGCGGUUUAUUAACGAUAGAUGAUCGUGUGCUGAUCGGCACACCGGGUCCACAUACCUGGAGAGGUACUGUAUAUCUGUCCUCCGUGUCGGACGAAUUUUUGUCACGGGAUACUACAGUUUACAGCGCACCGAUGCAAGACUUGUCGCCUGUGAAUAAAUACAGCUAUCUCGGAAUGUCUGUAGCAGUUGGAAACUUUUUCGGCAAAGACUUGGCUUACGCCGCGGGUGCGCCACGAUCUAACGGCACGGGGCAGGUGGUCCUAUUCACCAGACAUGAUUUCAGACCGGAGAUGGAAGUUAUGCUCGUUCUUGACGGAGAACAGUUCGCCUCCAGCUAUGGAUACGAAAUUACGUCGGCAGACAUAAACGGAGACAAAAUUAGCGAUUUAAUCGUGGCGGCACCGUUUUACUUCAACAAAGUAGAAGGUGGUGCUGUCUACAUUUAUACAGCAUUGGAUAUAUGUAAAACCAUGAAAGAUAACGAGAGAUGUCUACCUGUCAAGCUCGUCGGUCGUGAGGAGUCGAGGUUUGGAUUUGCGCUUACGAAUUUGGGCGAUUUGAACAAAGAUGGCUAUGAGGAUAUAGCGAUCGGCGCUCCGUACGAAGGAAAAGGAACGAUUUACAUCUAUCUCGGUUCCAAGAACGGUAUAAUCAAAACACCGUCACAGGUAAUACAUGCCGAAGACAUGCCCUCACCAUUGAAAACGUUUGGUUACUCUUUAAGCGGGGGUAUCGACAUGGAUCACAAUGGUUACUCGGAUCUUUUAAUUGGAGCGUACGAGGACGAUGCGAUUGUGCUUCUCCGUUCUAAGAAGAUAAUCGAUAUUACUACUUAUAUACGUUACGAAAAGAAGGAUGAGACGUAUCAAGAUAAGAUAGAAGCCAUCGAUCCCAAUAAAAUUGGGUGCUUGAUUGAUCCUGACUCGAAUCACACGUGUUUCUCGUUUGAGGCAUGUUGCAAAACGGAGUCACUGGUGAAAGAAGAGUCUAUGCAAAAUUUAAAGCUGCAUUAUUACAUUGAAGCGGAGACUUAUGCCGGAGCUAAGAAAUUCUCGAGAGUUUGGUUCGGCACAGAUAAUAAUGCGCGGCACCAUUAUAUUAAUCGAACGGUUACUCUAGAUACCACUAAAUUGACACAUUGCCAAAGAGAGAUCGUCUACUUGAAGGAGAACACGCGUGACAUACAGUCUCCCAUUAAAUUUCGCUUGAAUUAUUCGUUGAUACAAGAGGAACCGGUCAUGCCUCGUGAAGGUGCCGUUCUACCCGACAUAAAGAAUUAUCCGAUAUUGAAUCAGCAAGAAGCCGCUCGCGUGUUCGAAGCAGUCUUUCAAAAGGACUGUGGAGAUGACGACAUCUGCGAAAGCGAUUUGCAAGUGAAGGCUGAACUGAAUUUAUCAGCUUCCUCCGUGAAACCGGACUUUUACGAAUUACUCUUAGGCGAAAGGGAGGAGAUAGUGGUGGAGGUAAACGUGGCAAAUAUUGGUGAAUCUGCAUACGAGGCUCAGUUAUUCAUCGUCCACUCGCAGAGCUUGAACUAUAUAGCCAGCAAAAGCAAUGACUCCGUGAUCUGCAAUCUGUACAAUGCCACUCUGGUGUCGUGCUCCAUCGGCAAUCCCUUUCAAAAGAAUAAAACUGUGGACAUACAAGUGAGAUUUGACCCUAAGGGUCUCGAGGACAACGAGUCGCAGCUAGGUUUUACGAUUUUCGUCAAUUCCACGUCGAAGGAAGUUAACGACAAGAAACCCACUGUGUUGCAAGCGACUGUGUUGAAGCGUGCUGAGCUCUCGAUCAAAGGGAGUGCAAAGACUCAAUGGGCAUUUUACGGUGGUCCCGUAGUUGGUGAAUCUGCAAUAAGGCAUUUAAAUGAGAUAGGACCGAAGGUAUCACACAUUUACGAGAUAUUUAACGAAGGACCGUGGAAAGUUAGCACUCUGGAAGUGCGUAUUUCAUGGCCUUAUGAAGUGGCAAAUGACAAAACGCAUGGCAAAUGGUUGCUAUACAUGGAAGAGUUACCGACUAUUCAAGCUCUAGGGGAUGGUGAGUGCACUCUGCCAUCAGGAUACAUAGUUAAUCCAUUGAAGCUGCAGGAUAGUGAUACCUUUGAUGAUGUCGACAGCAUUUUACAGUCUUCGACUAUAUCACCAAUUUUGUAUAACCAUACUAAUCACAUAAGAACAACGCGAGAUACAGAGAAAGUAGUUAAUACACGAACGAUUGUCGAUAAGGAUGGACAUCGACAUCGUGUGGUUGCAAUGAAUUGUAAAGCAGGCACAGCGAAAUGCUUCGAUAUUACGUGCUACAUAUACAAUUUGCAGAGAAAACAAGAAGCUAUUAUUACUGUUAAAGCAAGACUCUGGAAUUCUACUUUGGUCGAGGAUUAUCCGAAAGUGGAUUUAGUCAAAAUAGGUUCCAACGCUAGGAUAGUGAUACCUCCGAACGUUAUAAUACAGCAAGAAAAUUUGAAAGACGACCACGCUAUUGCCGAGACAAUCGCUUAUCCAGAUUUAUUGGAUCAGCAAGAAGCUGAGCCAGUACCAGUAUGGGUGAUUAUUGUCGCCGUAGUAGCCGGUUUAUUAUUGUUCGUUCUGCUUACGUUAGUGUUAAGAAAACUCGGUUUUUUCAAGAGGCGACGUCCAGAUCCGACUUUGUCUGGGAAUCUCGAAAAGCACAAUCGGGACGAUAAUCCUGAGAGCGAGGCGUUAUUCAAGCACUGAGAUAUUGAAACAAUCAAAACGUCUCGAAAAUAUUCGCAACGAAUUAAUCAUAAUUACUUAAGUGAAGGUACUUAUGAAGGUAUAUAAGAGUUAGUUGCACAUUCAUGUGCGUAUCUCGUUUCCGAUUUUAUACUGCCUGAAUUUUUGAGGUGCAUAUCUUAUAUACACGAGCAGCUAAGUAGUAUGCGAAAGUGAAUAGAAUAGAUUGUGAUAUUGUUGUAUUAAAUACGUUUUAUGCGCAUGCGACAAAUCUUUCCUGAAGACUUUGAUAUUUUAUUGUGUGUUAGGCGUCGCAAAUGUCUUAACAUUCACAUUUUAUGUAAAGUUCUAUUUCCAAAGAAUCGUCAGUUUUUCAUCUUUUGUUUGUAAUCAUUAAU